AAAUUUCCGUUAGGGGGAGGUCUCCGCUUCUCCGGAAAGGAAGUUGGGAUAAAAAAAACUCCGAAGCGGGAGAAGAAAGGAGGGUGCGGGAAAACAAGCGAGUGAAAGUGCGAGAGAAGAGGGAAUUCUUAAGCAAAUUGCGUUUCUUCUUCCUUCGUUCCCCUUCCCAUUCCACCAGCAGCGUUCCCCCGCCCUCCUCCAUUUGUGCUUCCGCUUCUGCUUCAACUUCCGUUUCCCCUCCCCCUUCCGCCUCCGUCCCUCGUCCUAACGGCGGUGGCUGCUCUCCCUCGCGUCUCCGCCGUCACUGCUCCGAAUCUCCGUCAUCAUGUCGCUUCUUCUGUUCCCCGAGAUAUGGCAGUUGCAACUUUGAAAGGACACUUUCCAGCAAGUGAGUAUGGUGGAAGUAAACGAAUUGAAGCGAGAAAACCUUCUCCUAGGAGGCGGCGUGUAUUCGUCCAAACUGAAACAGGAUUUGUUUUGGGAAUUGAACUAGAUGGGAGUGAUAACGCCCACACGGUGAAGAGAAAGCUACAGCUUGCCCUCAACAUCCCAACGGAGGAGAGAUCCUUGAUAUUUGGCGAUGUAAUACUGAAAAAUGAUCUGAGUGAAGUUAGAAACUGUUCUCCACUUCUCCUCACAAGGAACUUCAUGCACAGAAGCUCAUCGACUCCAUGUCUUUCGCCACGUGCAAAGGAUCAUCUUCAGCAGAGUGACAAGAGCAGCCCAAUUGAGAUACUUGGAUUUUCAGAUCAUUUUGCUGUAGUAAAGCCACUAGUGAGAGAAAUCACAAUAGCAAUGAGAAAUGGUGUCAAUCCAACCCCCACUCAUGGCGGCCUUGGAGGUGCAUACUAUUUCAAAAAUUGCCAAUAUGAAAAUAUUGCCAUUGUGAAACCCACAGAUGAAGAGCCUUAUGCCCCCAACAACCCCAAAGGGUUUGUCGGGAAGGCCCUCGGUCAGCCGGGUCUGAAACGUUCAGUUCGGGUUGGUGAAACGGGGUUCAGAGAAGUGGCAGCUUACCUUCUCGAUCGUGGUCACUUUGCCAAUGUGCCUCCCACAGUCCUUGUAAAGGUGACGCAUUCCAUUUUCAACAUCAACGAUGGAAUGAAUCAGGGCAAGCAGCAUCAACACCCAAAGAAGCAGGUUAGCAAGAUUGCAUCGCUUCAGAAGUACAUACAUCAUGAUUUUGAUGCCAGUGACCAUGGGACUUCGAGUUUCCCGGUUGCUGCUGUGCAUAGGAUAGGAAUCUUAGACGUGAGAAUCUUGAAUACCGACAGGCAUGCAGGGAAUCUUCUGGUUAGGAAGCUGGAUGGGAUUGGAAGGUUUGGACAAGUCGACCUUAUCCCCAUUGAUCAUGGACUAUGCCUUCCAGAAGACUUGGAGAACCCAUAUUUCGAGUGGAUAAACUGGCCACAAGCUUCAUUACCAUUCUCCGAUGACGAGCUCGAGUACAUAAACAGUCUCGAGCCUUGUCGAGAUGCUGACAUGUUGAGGAGGGAACUGCCGAUGAUUAGAGAGGCGUGCCUCAGGAUUCUAGUCGUUUGCACAAUUUUCCUGAAGCAAGCCGCAGGUUUCGGUCUGUGCUUGGGAGAGAUUGGAGAAAUGAUGAGUAGGGAGUUCUGCGGUCCAGAAGAGGAACCUAGUGAGUUUGAGCUCAUAUGCAUGGAGGCAAGAAGUCGAGUAGAGGAGUCAAGAUCAUCAUCCCCUUCUUCUGACGUGAAGAAAGGAGGAGAUAGUAACGAGGAGUUCCAGUUUGACAUUGACUGUGAGGCCGAACUAUAUGGGCCACCGUUAAGAACAGUUUCAUUUGGGUGCAGGAACGUCCGGAACCUACUUUCCAAGCUAGAGGAGAGUCUUGAAGAGGAAGAGGAGGAUGGGCUAACUACUACUGCAGUUGUAGAUAUUAGUACUGACCCUGAUGUUGGUGAAAUCGCAGUUAUGACUACGACCUUGGCUAAAAGGUCAAUGUUGUUAAAGAACAUGAGUUUAGGUGAGAAGAGCUGGAGGCGCGAGAUUGCAAUGGAGAAACUCGGGUGUAUGGCUGGGGUAUCGUCUGGGAACAGGAGUGUGAAUGAACAGCUUCCUUUGAGCUGCAGCUUUGUGAAGAUUUCUGAGCUGAGUGAAGGGGAGUGGACACAGUUUCUCGACAUUUUCCAGAAGUUGCUGUACCCUGCUUUUGAAAACCGUGAAUCAGCAGGAAAGCAAGGUCAGAGAAACCCAAGACAGCGGUUAGGAACCUCGUGCCAGUUUUGA